AUGGGAAAUAUCUUCAGUGGGCCUUCAGUCAACAGAGUUUCAAGUCCUCAUGCAAGCUCUGAAAGUGAAAAUCAAACAAUGGAAAGAAAAAGUGAACCAGUUAAAGUUGAAAAUGAUUGUGAAAAUCCUGAACUACCUCUUGAUAUUGUGAACGAUGAAGAGGAUGCUCGAGCUAAAGUUAAACAAGAAGAAAUGACUGCAUUCCACGAGCAGUUAAGCAUAAAACGAGAACAAAGGCGUGAAAUAAUGGCUAAACACAAAUCCGACAAGAUACAACUACAGAAUGACUUAGAAAAAGAGAGAAAAGAAAAGCUGGAGCUUUACGAACAAAACCAACAACUUCGAUGUAUCCUGCAACAAAACGGUAUAGUUAUUCCGGAGAAUUUUCAAAGUGAUGAAAAUUUUUCACUAUAUAAAAGUGCUCUUGAGCAAUUAACAAAAGAGGUGGAAAAUCAAAAGGCUAAUAAUAACAAAUUGAGAUGCGAUCUAGCUAGCGCUAAUAAUGCGCUACAAGCCGCUUACUCAGAUAUGGCUGAUUUGAGUGCGCAAAAUUCAGAAUCCAUUAAACAGAUCAACGCGUUGAAGGAAGUAGUUACAGUUAGUAAAACUUUGAUAUCCCUGCGUGAAGAUCAGUUAACUGCGCUAAAAAAUAAACUAACGGAAAUAGAGCAGUCUCUUGCUGAUAGAGAAGCCAACAUGCUAUCUACUGAUUUACGCCAAGAAUAUGAACGUCAACUGCUGAAUAUAAGGACUCUUCGUAAUUUAUAUGAAGAUCGGGCGAGAUUAGCAGAAGUUACGAGGCAGGCUCUCGUAAGAGAACUAGACGAACACAAAGUAUUGCACCAAGCAGCUCAGUCUAGAUGCACUGAACUAAAUUCUGAAGUAGACGAACUAACAGCAAAGGUGUCUUCACUAGAACAAAGGAUAGAAGAUAAAAACAACGAAGUGUCUACCUGUAAAAAAGAAUUAGAAGGAACCAGAUCUGAGAUGUUGGUCAUUAAUAAAUUGUUUUCACAAGUGCUCCUGGGGUACAUGACUAAAAGAGACUUGGACAAGCUGGUGAAAAGAUUGGAAGAAAACCAUGAUAUUUUAACUCAUAUGGCUGAAAAAGAAAAUGGUUCUGAAGUUUCUUCAGCGUUACCAAAAUUAUUACUAGAGUUAGUCAAUCAGGUGGAUGAUUUGAAUAAUAAGGAGACCAUCGAUACUAAUGAACAAGGGAUAGCAAACAUUGAAGCAGAUCAAGAACCUAUCAAAGCUGAAGAAAUAGUUAAAAACCUUCCGAAAGUUUGGAAAGUCUUAAUUGAGCUCUUAAGUCACCAAACUGAAGCUAAUAUAAACGAGUCCGAUAGAGUCUCAUCGUGUUAUAAGUCCGUAGAAACGAAAUCGGGUUCAGUUCUAGUACCCAGUGUUAGUCAGACAUACAUAAGAUUAAAGGACUUGAUCAUGGAAAAGUUAAGCCUAAUUAAAGAAGUGAAUCGGAUGAAGCAAUUGAACUCGCAUUUAGAAACAACAUUGCAAGAACAAGAGCGACGGUUGUGUCUCGUCACUACCGAACUGAGUAAAACGUGGCACGUUGUAGGUCGUUUACGUAGGCAUCACCAUCAAUUACAUACCCACGAGAAAAUACUUAAAUAUGAGUUACAGCAAAAAAGGAAACUAUUGAACGAAUUGAAAGAAGAGCUUAAGUAUUGUAAAGAGAAGUGGGAACAAGCUAGAGAAAAGAAUACGCAAUCUGAAAAAGAUUGGAAAAAAUUACGGGCCGAAUUUUCCAACAGGAAGCUUCAAGAUUUAAAGGCGAUUAACAAUUCAGCCGAAAGCGGUUAUAGCGACGAAAAACUCACUGAUGAAUCUUCAGCAUCAAAUGAUGAAAGUGAAUUUAUUGCAGAAUCUAAACUUAAAGGUAAAAAGAAGCUCAAGAAAUCGUUUGAAACGGUCGUCGAUUCUAGUGCAGAUGGCAACUUGGCAGCUGAGAGAGAGGAUCCAGUAAGUGAUAUGAUUGAUGUAGCUGAUCUUUCUAUGGACACACAAGAUGACAAUCAAGAGACUUGUGACGAUUCUUACAACAGUGAAUGCUUCUUGAAAAGUGAGAGAAAUUGUAACGAAACGGAAGACGAAGCUGUUGAAAUUGGCAAUGAUUCAUGUCAUGAUGACAUAUCAAUUACUGAAUCACAAUGUGAUUUGAGUAAAAUUACAGACAGAGACCAGGGUAUCGUAAAUACCUUGUUUCAAGAAGAGCCAAACUACCAAGCAGGUCAACCAGAGACUACUUGUACAAUUUAUAGUGGCAAUAAUGUAAAAAACGAUACGAUUCCAGACAUUACAACAUCAUGUGAUACGGAAAUGUAUCACAUAAGAGACUCUACAAAUGAUUCUCAGAGUAAUGUGAACUUAGAUAAUAUUCUAAAUGAGAAUCCUGAAGGGGUUACAAACAAUGCAAAUACUCUAAGCACAACAAACGAUCAAAAAACAGAAAAUAAUGUAAUUAGAGAAAAAAUAUCAGAACCUGGGCCUUCAACUAUACAGACCACGGAAACAAACUUACCCGAGAUCGAUUUCAAACAGAUUCUUGAAAAUGUGAGAAAACAAGAUGAACACCUCAAAAAGAAGGACGAAAGGCUCGCUCAAUUAGAAAAUAAUUGUGCCGAAGUAGUUGCAAGUAUAAAGAAAAAUAUUGACUGUGGAGCUGAUUUAGUAAAGAGACUUGACGGCGUGCAUAACGUACAAAGUGUUCAUACAUCAUCGGACUCCAUAGAUGAUGUCGAAGAUAAAGAACUUAUAUCGCAAGACGAACCAUCGACCUCCAAUGAAUUGGAUCACGAAGCGAGAUUUGCAGCACGUGAACUUAGAUUGAAGCGACUAGAAGAACAAACGAAGUCCCUUGUUAAUAAAGUCAAUCAUACGACAACUAAAGGUGUUAAGAUACAUUACAAAUUGGAGGAAUUACACAAUAUUUACGGUUCAGACCAUUCCCGUUCAGGAACACCGUCAGAAGACACAAAUGACAAUUCGCAAAGUAAUGACGACGAAACAGAAAUUAAUUAA